AUGGCUUCCCCACUUAAAGUCGAUGUCUACAUUGCUCCUGGAAUACCUUUUUCUUCUCCUGAGGGUUUACCAAGCUUUGUCGCUCCAGUCUGGUCACCUAUGGCCAUUACCCUAAUAUCUGGACACAAAGAAGCCGUACUCAUCGAUGGACUCCUCACAACUGCUCAAGCGGAUGACUUAGCAGAUUGGGUGAAGUCUUCCAUACCAAACAAGAUUUUGACGACAAUAUAUAUAACUCACGGUCAUGGUGAUCAUUUCUUCGGCUUGAAACGGCUCCUGGAACGAUUUCCGAACGUGAAAGCUGUCACAACUGCGAAAGUUAUCGAGCAUAUGCAGCACGAGCUAGAACCCGAUAAUUAUCAAGCUAUAUGGGCGAGCAGGUUCGGUAAACAGAUCGAUAUCGACGGUGGUAUCCUAUCGAGAAUCGAGUCAUUAGGCGACCACAACAAUACUAUUCUCCUUGAAGGUCAUAGGCUCAUUGCCAUCGAUGCGGGAGAAUCAGACACCUGGAAUACGACGUACCUACAUGUCCCUUCUCUGGGAUUGAUCAUUGCGGGUGAUUGUGUGUAUAACGAUGUGCACCAAUUCCUUGGAGAGACGAAUACGCAACAGGGUCGGGACUCGUGGAUCUCGAUCGUUAAUUCUAUUGCGGACCUCAAUCCUCGCACCGUCAUUGCGGGGCAUAAACGACCCGGUGCGGUGGACGGAGUCAAUAAUCUUGCAGCAACGAUCAAGUAUAUCGAGGACUUUGGAGACCUAGUCGGCAAAACUGGAUCAAAAGUCCAGCUAUUCGAGGAAAUGAUGAAAGCGUACCCGGACCGGGUGAAUCCGUAUGCUCUGUGGUUAUCUUGCCAGGGAGCAUUCAAAAGUUGA